GAAAAGGAGAGCCAGUUUCUAAAUCCCAUUCCAAAUCCGCCUUUCAUCGCCGCAAUAAUUCACGAGUCUGCCUACUGAGGCAAUAAACCCUGAGCUGAAUCCACGUCCAACAGCACAAACAGCGAGCCCACUAUGGACUGGAUGGCACGGUUCCUAGGAAAGAAAUGUAUUUGAAAGGACUGUUUAUUUGUACAAAGCAUCCAGCCUUGUGUAAACCACCUGUGUGUGAGUAAACAUGGGCAACUGUGUCAAGUCACCGCUUCGAAACCUCUCUGAAAAGAUUCGACAGGAAGAGAAAAACAGCUACAAAGUAGUCAGGACGUGCGAGGAUGCAGUGGGAGCGGCGGCAGCGUCCUCUGGAGGGAGUGAGAACCACGAAGCCUUGGUCGUUCUCGCUCAGAGCCGUGUACUCAUGCACAAUCUCCUGGGGCCAGCCUGCAUCUUCCUCAGGAAGGGACUGGCAGAGAGGCAGGCCGACAGAGAGCUGGGAGCAGAGGAAAUUGAAGAGCUGAGAGACGCAUUCAAAGAGUUUGAUAAAGACAAGGAUGGAUUCAUUGGCUGUAAGGACCUGGGUAACUGUAUGCGGACGAUGGGCUAUAUGCCAACGGAAAUGGAGCUGAUUGAACUGUCCCAGCAAAUCAACAUGAACUUGGGUGGCCAUGUUGAUUUUGAUGACUUUUUGGAACUGAUGGGACCAAAGCUUUUAGCAGAGACAGCCGACAUGAUUGGAGUGAAAGAGCUUCGAGACGCUUUCAAAGAGUUUGAUACAAAUGGGGAUGGAGAGAUCAGCACGACCGAACUGCGUGAAGCUAUGAAGAAAUUACUGGGUCAGCAGAUUGGACACAGGGAUAUUGAGGAAAUCCUGAAAGAUGUUGAUCUGAAUGGGGAUGGGCGUGUUGACUUUGAAGAAUUUGUCCGGAUGAUGUCACGCUGACGGUGGAGAGCAGCCCUCCUGAAUGAACCAUCACUGACUUACAGAAACCGUCGCAAUAUCUUAACGCUGCUCUGGUGACUGUAUUGAACAGCUCCUCCGAAUACAGAGCAAAAUCUCUUUCUGUCCAAGCUUCCGAAGAAACUCCAAGUGUCUUACACAUUGGAGCAGUGAACUGAAAGAGAAACUCUUUAUAUUCCUCUGCUACCUGAGUUCUAAGUAACUGUCAGCUCAGGGGCUGACCCUCGCCAAGGACUGUACAUACAAACUUAGUGGUGAGGUGGCAUUUCUUUCAGUGUGCAGUGCUCAAAGUAAAAUCUCUAAUGUAAUUAACAGAUGAAA